AUGAAACGUCUUAUUAUUCUAUGUGACGAUUACUCUGCCAAUUAUCUCGAUGCUUUGUUCCAGGCACAUCGAAAUGGCAGCGACCAACCUACGACAAAGGUGCUCUGGGGUGUUGUUUUCAACAUGCUCGUAGUCCAGAGAAAAGUUUUUAUUGUUCUAGACGCAUUGGACGAAUCAAAAACAAGGGAGGCUGUGCUCGAGUGGAUCAAGGAUAUGGUGUCUAGGCCAGAGUUGGUCCAUGUCCAGCUGCUUCUUACCGGUCGACCUGAAUCCGAGUUUCUGCGUGACAUUCCCCCCUUAAUAGGAAAGCAAAACUGCCUGGGACUUGAUAAACAAGCCGUUACCUCUGAUAUUCGAUCGUGGGUUACAGCACAACUUUCUCAACGGCGUGAUUUUACGAAGAAGUCCUUGUCCCAGAGCCUUAUGAAUGAAAUCCGGAAAAGAAUUGGCGACGGCGCCGAAGGGAUGUUUAGGUGGGGAUUCUGUCAGUUAGACAGCCUGGCUCGAUGUCGCCACGAGGAAGAUAUAGGGAAGGCUCUCGAAACCUUGCCGCAGGAUCUCGAUAAGACAUACGAGCGCAUGUUUGAAAGCAUAGCAACGGAGCUAAAAAACGACGCCAUACGACUUCUACAAUUCCUAGUGUACUCUAAGCAAUCUCUAACGCUGGCUGAAGUUAAAGAGACUGAUAUUUUGGCCUACUGUCCCAGCGUAGUGACAGUUCAUACCCGUUAUGGAGAGUUACAUCUUGCCCAUUUCUCUGUGAAAGAGUGCCUUUUGGAAUAUAAUUCUUUCAAGAUUAUGACUGUCAGCAUUUCUAUCACAAAGACGUGCUUGAUAUAUCUUACAGACAUCAACGGUAGCGCAAGAGAGAUGAGGCGGUAUUUUCCGCUGGCAAGAUAUGCGGCCGAAGUGUGGACAUACCAUGCUGCGUUGAUUCAGGCCGACGAAGAAAUUAUAGGAAUGACAGUAGGCUUCCUAGAAGGGGAAGCAACAUUUGAACGAUGGGCUCGAUUGUAUCAGGGUGAUAUGAGCUAUCUAAAAAGCUCUAGGCUUUACUAUGCUUAUUUCAGUAGGCUCUUGGUACCGGCACGUAAUUUUAUUGGCAAGGGAGCUGAUGUCAACACACAGGGCGGCCAGUAUGGCAACGCUCUCCAGGCUGUCUCACAGGCCGGCCAUCUAGCGAUUGUCAAACUACUUCUGGACAAGGGAGCAUAUGCCAACACACAGGGUGGCUAG